AUGACUUGCGAAGACUACCACUUCGGUCUUGAUGUCAAUGGCCACGGUACGAUCAAUCUAUCUAAGCAGUUUGGAGGAGACAGUGAACUGGACUUCUUUAUUCAGCUGUCAGGUAUAUACGGGCUACUGGGGACCGAUAUGCUCGCUAGUUACGCCGCCAGGAACGCAUUCCAAGACCCUCGCCAAUUUCUCUACACGCAGGGCUACGAAGGCAUUGGGCUUUCAGAGCUCCUCAACCUCCUCGAACAGAUCAUCCGACAUCCGCACAGAACACCCGUGGCUAGCCUGUUCAUUCUUGGGUCUCGCGACACCCAGAUUGACGUAAACGACCAUCUUUGCUCAAUCUUCCACCAUCCAAAGUUUAGUCAUAUUAUUACCGCAAAAGUAAAGCCGGACGGAGCUGAAGUCCAAAGGACCCCAACGCUGUCCACUGAAGAAGCCAGAACAGCUGUUCCCAAAGUUCAGGACCGCAAGGAGGCAAGCCGCGUCUUUCGGGAGCUCUUCGAGAGGAAGCUCGUUAAGUUAUUGGGCUUAUCCCAGGAAAAUGUGCAGAGGUGCCGGUCACUCUCUGAUCUGGGUACGGAUACCUUGGCUGCCGUCGAGCUGCGAAACUGGAUUGGUGUACAUCUGUGCUCAAGUGCCCAGACGAUGGAGAUUCUGUCGCCGAUGCCGAUAGAUGAGUUUGUGGAAAUGGUGGCGAAACGAUCUUCUUUGACUCCGGUGGGCCUAUUUGAGUAA